GGAAGGUUUUUCACGUCGGACACAAGAAGGAAACGCAAGCUGUGACCUGCCUUCUCAACAUUUGACAACAGAGGGACAUGUAGCUGAAGAAAGAAGUCAUGUUUAACUUGAAGACGCUGCACAGAAACAAAACGGUCAAAUAUGGAGUCCCCAUGCUGUUGCUGGUCGUUGGCGGUUCCUUUGGCCUGCGGGAGUUUGCCCAGAUCCGUUAUGAUGCUCAGAAGAUCAGAAAACGGCUGGAUCCUUCACUGGAGGCUCAGGUGAAUGCACAGAAGCAGACAGUCAUACUGGAGGAGGAGUAUGAGAAGUUGAAGGAAAUUCAUUUGGACGAGUGGAAAAACAUCCGUGGUCCUCGUCCCUGGGAGGACUCCAGGGAGUACCAGGAGCAGCAGCGCAGAAAUCUGAGCAAAACAGACUGAGGCUCCGGACGGAGCUCACUGCACACGCACCGCAGAAAACACAAGAUCACACAAGACAGUGCAGGGGCCCGCGGAGACAACGGCACGGAUGUCUGGUUAUCCCCGCUGCUGCGGCUCCGGGCUCUGAGACCAGCAUGUCAGCCCUUGGCUGGUGUUGGGUCUGGAUGUUUGGAAAAGUUUGUUUGGACUAAAUAGCGUUGUUUUUUUGUGUUUUUUUUUUUGUCUGGCUGUAACACAUUCAGAACUAUUGUUGAAAAGUUUCUACUGUUAAAAUGUGUUGAUUCUCUAAAAUCUGUUCCUGGGUCUACAGAGCAGGUUGAUCAGGAGUUUUAACAAACGGCCAACAGGUGGCAUUUCACCUCCAGCUGAAAUGAGAUAGAAAUGUGAUUAUUAUUUUUUUUUUUCUGUUUCAAUAAAUUCUUGCUGCUCUUCCUAAAAGCUGAA